AUGAAGACCGUCCCCAGUCUGGUUGCCUCGAGCACCGUUGGGAUCGCAGCCGCCGGACUGGCACUCGGCAGGCCUGAGCGUUCGUCUCCUGCACGCCCUGCCUCGAGGAAAAGGAAAGUGGGAGAUGUCGCAGACAUCGAUGGCAGGCUUCGAGGCAUAUCCUCUCCGAUUCAACGGCCAGCCACGACUUCGACGAUGCCCACGUCCGAAGCACUCCAGAGAUUCCCCCCGCUGGGCACUGCACCCGCAGCUCCUCCCAUUGACGCAUCUCGGCGUCCCUCGACGACAAGAUUGGAGGGUUCUAGUAAUGGAAUUGCCCGGAGGUUUUCAUUGAUUCGAAAUGGCGAUUCUUCGGUUCAGGACACUGGGGACGAGCCAAGAAGAGAUUCAAUUUCAUCUAGAGGAUCAUGGUUGCGACGAUUUUCAAUAACCACGUCGCAGAAUAACAGCCCAAGGUCAAGUGUUGGGCCGGAAUCUUCGUCGGUGGCAGCCUCCCAGCGUUCUGCCGCUCUCACACCCUCGAACCCCUCAAAUAAUUCGGCGCAGUUAUCACCGAAUAAGCUCGUCAAGCGAAGCACAGCAGGGAAGGAUAUGGAUGAAUCAGUAGCAGGAACUGGCUCCAGGUUACAGGUGCCCACGCUCCGCAGACCGGCCACCAGUCGUCAGCGGGCAAUGACUCUUCAACAGAGAUUCAGAGAGCACGCGUCUGAACCGAUCAAUCAAUUUGCAGAGAACCUCUUCAAGCCUCCCACCCAGAUCCCCCCUUCGGGUAGACUCAGCUCACCGGAAUCUCGAACUACAUGGAGGCCAUUCUUCGAAUCUCGACAACCAAAGCCUAAGAAGGAGAAAUCGUCAGGAAGGUCAAGCGAUGGAGCAACACAUAAUUCGCACCCGACGGCGAGGAGAGUUCUUCCCGAUGAGGUGGCUACACCCGUUCUGUUGAAACCAGAAAUGGUCAACACGUCGAAUACAGGCUAUACUGCGUAUUACGAGGAUGACAGCUUCGCGAACGAAGAUGAGAUGGAUGAUGAUAACUCUGUGGAGGAGGAAGUCGUGCAGCCCGGAGAAGCGUGCCCGGUAGAGGCCCAGAGGGGCCCACGACGGUCUUUUUCUACGCAUUUCAGUUCAUCAGGUUCUUGGAUAUCGAGAGCAGGAAGUAUAAGGGGCAACAAGAGGAAUCCGGAUGGCAGGACCAACGGGAGGCGUUAUUCUUCUGCACCAAUGUCAACAUUGCCUGGGCGGAAGAUCACCACAGCAGGGGGACCUAUUCCCCAUGACCACCGGUCAAUUACAGACCCAACUAUCUUUCAAAGACAACGUGGUGUAGAAAACUCAGCUCCAGAGGAUUCGUUUGCAGUCAGGAGUUUCCAAACCCGGAGUCGGAAUAGUUCAUCCCCACUGCCGCCUCUGUCUCGGCUGUCGAGUUUCAAUAUUGAUAUGGCCCGCCUAGGCCUGUCUUCAUCUUCAUCUUCCCAGCCUCGACGAAGUCCAAGUUCUCCAGCCUGUCUACCCGAUACUACGUCCAUUUCUGUCCCUUCGCAAGGUCACCUGCAGCCCUCUUCGCCAUCCUACUACAACCCUCUCAUCUCAAAGCCUCAUCGCACAUCGGAAGCUAUGACCCUAGUUGGCUCUGAAGCCGAUGCGAGAGCUUUUACUUCUGGUGAUGAGGAUGACAUGGACUUCCAGAGCGAGACUGUUUUCGAUUCUUUAAGAUCGGGAGCAACUGGAAGUUUACGAUCCCGUAAUACUCCUCUGGACUCUAUGUUUGAUGAAUCGCCCCCAAGUGUUAAUGGCUCAAAGAACAAGAGACUCUCAAUCCAUGAGUUAUUGGUCAGCGGUAACCUUCGAGAAGGUAAUAAUAGAAUUGUGGAGGAGGACGAGGGAAUGCCCACGCCGGUUAAGGGGACUCGGUCGUCGCAAGAGAGAGCCGGGGACCUUGAAAGUGUGGACCGGCCACACACGUUGGAUCCCGACACUCUACCAUCCCAACCUAGCUUUUCCCUUGCGACAAAGGACUUUGGACGUCUCUCUUUGGAUGACGAGGACGAAGAUGAGGACUGGACCCGAGAUGACGAAGAUCAAGAUAUCCAACAGCUUUCUCCCCCUUCAACCUUGUUGACUUUCCGAAGGGUUAGUCCGAUCUCACGAACAGUGCUUGCCGACGUUACCCAUAGUGGUUCUGCGAACGGGAAUCCUGCUCCCAGUGCAGAGCGGCCAAAGAGUAAUCUGUUUGAUUGGUCAGAGCCAUCAUCUACUGACAAAAUCGAUUAUAUGGGCAACUACCCCCGGCCGAAAACGGCUCAUGUCAAGCAGGGUACUGAUGGCAGAGGUGGCCGCACGUCUGGAAGGCGAGGCCCAACUGCGCUACACGUUCGAAGUCAGAGCGUCCCCGUGGUACCUGAUCUUUCUCUCCAGCUUGAGAAUUCCAAAUUGGCCCCGAAAUUUGGCACGUGGGGCUUGGGCGGCAAAGGAGUCAGCGAGGAAUGGGAUGGAGAUUUCGAGUUCGAUAAUGACGAUGUUGCUGUCCAGGGUGAAGAGAUGGAAGGCAGUACCAUGCUUGUCCCCCCUGCUAUUCAAGCCAGCCAAGAAAAUGUAGUCGGACACGUUGGGCAGAUUCGGGAGGUGUGCAUGUUGGUUGAAGAUCUGAAGAGAUUGCGACUACUUGCACGAGACAAGGACCUGCUGAAUGGGUCUUCAGCACCUUUAUGGAAGGAGGCUGAAGGAAUUAUCGCUUUGGCCGUACCAGACGAGGAAGAUCCAACUCUAUCCCCCACACAUUCUCCGACUUCAGUUCUCUUUGGUUCGGAGGUUGUGGAUGAGAGGUUUGUGGAGCACGGGCCCGAUGCCGAGGAUAUCUCAAGACCAGAAGCCCCAUUUGAGGUAUUGAAUCGAUAUGGUCAGCCCACGGGACUCGUCUAUGAUGGCGACACUGUCCGCAGACGCUCUGUAUUUUCACCCGACGAUGAGAUCUUCGGGAACGGACCUACAUUGACGAGCCCUACAACUACAGAAUAUCUGCGGCCCCCACCAGCUUCGUCUCGCCCUUCAAGUAUGAAAGCCUCAUCAGAAUACGCCCGCUCAGUGAUGCAAACCAUGCAUCAAACGCGCUCAACAUCUGACCCGCUUCUCUCGGAAUUAACCUAUCAAUCCUCUAACAAGAUGCCCUUUGACACAACGAGCCUCCGAGAUCUUGUUCACCGAGCAAGCGUACUGAGAAACAAGCUCUCAGAUAUAAUCAGGAAGUCUGACGGCCCGUAUCAAACACCCGAAUCGAGCCCGAAACGGGCGUCUAGUCCAGCAUUCACCCGCGUCUUCACGGAUCCGAUGGCUAGCCCACCAAAACAUCUAGGGAGAACCCAGAGCAAUAGUUCCGUGCUCACUGGCUCCACUGAUAUUUCUCCAACAAGGAGUUUGCAUCAACACAUGCAUAUGAUGACUGUGGUUUGA